CCCGCACCAGCGACAGCAGCAGCAGCCCACCCCCCCCGUCUCGCCAGACUGCUCGCCCUCGAUGCCCGUCUCGGACUCUGAUCGACAGCUCUGUGACAAGGCUCUUGCGCCUUACGAUGAGACGCAAGACACCGAGGUCUAUUUCCAGGACGAUCAAGAGUGCUGGAUUGCUGCCAAGCUCCGGUCAAAGUAUCGCGGCGAAGAUAAAGUCAAGCUGGUGUUCGUCAUAAGAGAGCGCAAUAAGGAGGUCGUCCACGAGGAAGCCUAUGAGAGCAUGAUUGCCAACAACUUUUCAAAGCUCCCUCCCCUCAAGAAUCCCCCCGAGAUCCUGAAUGGCCUCUAUGAUUUGUCGAGUCUCUCGUAUCUCCAUGAAGCGGCGAUUCUGCAUGCUGUCAAGAACAGAUACAAGAGCCUUCCGCACCAGAUCUACACCUAUUCCGGCAUCGUCUUGAUCGCCAUGAACCCCUUCUCGAACAUGAGCGAUCUCUACACCCAGCAAAUGAUGAAGCAGUACUGCAAGCGUCCCCGCCAGGAAUGCCAGCCCCAUCUCUAUGCCAUCGCUGAGGACGCCUAUCGCUCCAUGAUCCGCGACCGCAAAAACCAGUCCAUCAUCAUCAGUGGAGAAUCUGGUGCCGGAAAGACGCAGAGCGCCAAGGGCGUUAUGCGGUACUUUGCUGCCGUCGACAACCUCGACAGCUUGGAGGACAACGAACAGCUCGGAGAGAUCACUGAAGUCGAAGAGCGAGUCAUGGCAACAAACCCCAUUCUUGAGUCAUUCGGCAAUGCCAAGACGACCCGAAACGACAACAGUUCACGUUUCGGCAAGUACAUGGAAAUCCUGUUCAGCACCCAGCCCGAUUCGGCUCAGAUCAAGGGUGCCAAGAUUCGCACGUACCUGCUGGAGCGGUCCCGGCUGAUUUUCCAGGCAGCCGAAGAACGAAACUACCACAUUUUCUACCAGCUCUGUGCUUGCCAUUUCAAGCAAGAAAAGAAACAGUUCGGCAUCGAUACUUGGGAGUCCUUCAAGUACCUCACCGGUGGUUCGACCGGUACCAUUCGAGGUGUUGACGAUUCGAAGGACUUCAAGGACACCCAGGAGGCAUUCUCGGCCGUCGGCGUCGACACGGCCACUCAAUGGAAAAUCUUCCAAAUCUGCGCCGCCAUCUUGCACCUCGGCAACGUUGAGAUCACUGGUGACAAGGACUCUUCCGAAAUCGCCGGCGGCGACGCCGCCCUCGCCAAAGCCGCCAGUCUUCUCGAAGUUUCCGAGGGAGACCUGAAGCGCUGGAUCACUCACAAGCGCCUGGUUUUGCGUGGUGAAGCAAAUGACAAGCAGAUCGGUGUCGAGCUGGCCGUGGCUGUGCGCGACUCGGUCGCCAAGUACAUUUACAGCAUGCUGUUUGACUGGCUCGUCAAACUGAUCAACAGCAAGCUCGUCGAUGACGGUAUCGAAGACCCGAGCGAGCUGAACUUUAUCGGCGUGCUUGAUAUCUACGGAUUCGAACACUUCCAGGUCAACUCCUUUGAGCAGUUCUGCAUCAACUUUGCCAACGAGAAGCUCCAGCAGGAAUUCACCCAUCACGUCUUUGACUUGGAACGCAAGCUGUACGAGGAGGAGCAGAUCAUGUGGCCCAACAUCAAGUUCACCCAGAAUAAGCCCUGCAUCGAGCUUAUCGAAAACAACAUCCUCAAGACCCUCGACGACGCCGUCAAGACCAACCAGAAGGAGGACAUUCUCCUGAAUCUGCUCCAUGACACCAACGGAAAGCACGCCUUUUAUGAACGGCCCCGUAUUCGCCCGAACGAGCUCUUCAGGAUCAAGCACUAUGCUUGCGACGUCGAGUAUUCGAUCAAGGGCUUCGUCGAGAAGAACCGAGACACCGUCUCAGAUGAAAUCCUGGCUCUCUUGCGUGCCUCCGAGAUGCAGGUGUUGCGGGAUAUUGUGCAGACCGCUCCUGAAGAACCGGCACCUCUGGCACGCACGGCUACGGUCCGUGGUGGUGCUGGCUCAAAGCAGACCCUUGGCGCGGUCUUCAAGCGGUCGCUCAACGAGCUCAUGUCCACUCUGGGCGGAACGCAGGCGCACUACAUCCGUUGCAUCAAGCCCAACUCGGCCAAGCGUGCCUUUGAGUUUGAGCCCAAGAUGGUUCUGGAGCAAAUGCAGGCUUGCGGUAUCCUCGAGACAAUCAAGAUCUCGAACGAAGGCUAUCCCUCCAAGUGCACCUAUGACGAAUUUCGCCGCAACUACUCGUGCCUGUUUGACGAUCCGGACUUUGAGACCAAGGAUUCUCGCCAGGUCACCGAGCUCAUCAUGGAGAAGCGCCAGGCCGAGAAAGACAAGUUCCAGUUCGGCUUGACACGGGUCUUCUUCCGGGCUGGCCAGGUGGCUCUGCUGGAGCAGGAAGUCCAGAAGCGCAAGUACGAAGUUAUUACGAACGUCCAGCGCCACAUUCGCAUGGUCAACCAGCGCAAUGCCUUCGUCACACUUGUUCAGUCGGCCACCAUGAUCCAGACAGAGUGGAGACAGACUCUCGCCCGUCAUGCGGCCAAGGCCGAGCUCGAGCGCCUGAGAGAGGAGCACCGCCUCAAGUGCAUCGUCUUUGUUCAGUCGAUGGUCCGCCGCCGAAACUCGAUGAACCUUUGCGCGGAACUGUUUGCCCAGAAACGUGCCGUCACGCUCGUCUCCAAGAACUUCCGCCGCUUCAUCCAGCAAAAGCAGUACAACGAGCUCCGCCGUGCCAUUAUCUUUGUGCAGGCCAGCAUUCGGUGCAUCCCUGCCCGCGAUGAGUAUCGCCAGCUCAAGGUCGACGCCAAGCAACUUGGCAGUCUGCAGCAAAAGAUGCAGACCUCGACGGCCCAGUACGAGCGCAAGCUUUUGGAGCUGCAGGUUCUGUUGAAUACCAAGACCGCAGAGAACGAGGCCCUUCAGGAGCAGCUCUCCAAGAUGGAACGCAUCAAGGAGUCGCUCAGCGAGAGGGCCAAGGUGUUCAACGAACGGCGUAAGGAAACCGAGGCCGAGCGCGAGGAGCUCUCGUCCGGCAUGCAGAGUCGAUACAACGAACUUGAGGAUCGCUACAAUGCUCUCCAGGCCGAAGUCUCUGUCCUCAAGAGCCAGAGUGCUGCCGACAGGAGUGCCAAGCUCGACCUGGAGAGGACUCUGCGUGAAAAGAUUGAAGAAAAUCUCAAGCAGAGUGAGCUGUUGGCCCAGCUCCGCCAGGAUAACACCGUGGAGACCAUUGAGAAGCUCCAGCUCGAGCUCAAUGCGCUCAAGGAGCAGGUCAAGCGCACGGAAGCCGUCAACAGCAUGUGGAGCAAGCUGCGACAGAGCGUUGUUGGCAACGAGGACGAAAAGUCGACCGGCUUGAAGGUCAGGGGUGUGCCCAAGCGCUCCUUUACCACCAUGCUGCCGUCCCGGAAGGAUGGCGAAGCGUCCCCGAGCCCUACUCGUCCUUCUGCCGCUCUUGACCUCAGUGGCGUCGGCUCUGGGCCAUUGGACCGUCGCGCUGCCCCCAUGAGCCCCUCUGCUGGUCUUGCUCUCGAUAGUACGAGCAGCAGCAACAGCAACCUUGGAAGCAAUCCCAGCAGCCCUGGGGCGUUGAAGCGCCACACAAGCACCAAAGUAAUCAAGAAAAGCCCCGAGCAGCUCGUUGCCUAUGUCAGCCAUCGUUCGACCCAUACCGAGAUGAUCGAGGGACUCAUUACGAACCUGAAAGUCCCCACUCAGAUGGAGGGAGAGAUCUUGACGAAGGAGGAUGUGACUUUCCCAUCCCACUUCUUUGCGCGCGUGUUUGAUUAUCUGAUCGACCACCAGCAAAUCGAGGCCAUGGCGCUGCUCAAGGAUGAUGUGCAUAAAGCCAUACGCCAGAAUAUCCGCAACUUUGAAGACAUUGCCAAAAUCUCCUUCUGGGUAGUCAACGUCAUCGAGCUGAAUGAUGCUGUCCGAACCUCAAUCCUCCGACUCAACAACGAAACGGACGCCAAGAAGCGCUCCUCGCAACAGGCGGCUGUCACGAUUCUUGGCGACUUUACCAUCGAUAUCGACAGCACGCUCAAGGAGGUUCGCUACAAGUGGCAGGUGCAUCUGCGCAAGCUGAUCGAUCCCAUGAUCGUGCCCGUCAUGAUCGAGGAGCAAACACUACAGGGCCUCGAGUGCCCUAUCUCUGUCAAGCAAGCGCAAAGCUCGUGGGGCUUGUGGGGCAGCAGCAAAGCAGCUGAAGUCACGUACAAGAUGAGCGACAUGACUCGGUUUCUCUCCGAGGUGUGGUCGGUUAUGCUCGCCUACCAUCUCCCCCAGGAGGUCUAUCUCCCUAUUAUGUGGGAUCUCUGCGAGCUGAUCGGCAUGAAGGCAUUCAACGAGCUCAUGACCCGCCGCAGCUUUGGCACCUUCCGACGGGGCAUGCAGAUCCAGGCGAAUGUGACCCAGCUGCAGGAGUGGUUUACCCACCACAAUAUCGAAACCGGAUGGUUCCUCUCGCCGAUCCGGCAGUCGGCUAAGAUCUUGACCCUCGCCAAGACCAUUGAGAUGUGCGAGAGCAUCUACGAGAGCAGCAGCGACCUCAGCAAGCUGCAGAUUCUGACGCUGCUGCAGAACUGCCAUCCCAACGAUCCCGAGGCCCCGGUGACACCCGAGCUGCUCGCCAAAGUCACACAGGAUCAAGUUGCAAGCCAGGACUUCCAUCUGCUCUUCAACUUGGAUGAGUACAACGCGCCCCUGGAGAUCCCGCGAAACGAAUAUCUCGAGCUGAGCAUCGCGAUUCCUCAGUGGAUCAUGUACACCAAGUUCGAGAAGAUCACCAAGGAUCUCUUGAACAACUGAGCAGCCGAGCAAAUGUGCCAUCUGUCGGCGAGAGCAGCGCUGAUGCAAGGUAGCGAGCCGGUGCAGCCGCGGAGCGACUGCUGGCACUAUGGGGACUUGUGAAUCACUACAGUGUAUCCAAAUUACUGAGCAUCCUUCACAUCAACGA